AUGGAUGAAUACUUAAAACCUUUCAUCCACGGAGUAGCAACACUUAAUAAACCGCAUAAAGAGGUUUUGAGCAACGGCUCAAAACAUGAUCUGAGCGGACUGCAGAAACUAUCGGGAAAGCAUCUCGAGCAGGCAACUCCUUUUUACGUGGAGCGGCCUCCAGGGGAUUCCACAGACCUCGUGGGGGGCGACAAGGAUUCAACUUCAAGACCUUUCGCCCAUUCAGUCCCAGAGGGACCAUAUUCAACAGGGGGAACAGAAACCGAGGCCAUGGCUCAUUUCCAAGAUUUACAAAUCCCCAGACUUACAAGUCGUUCCACCAAUAAAGAAAUUCAAACCAGAUUGUUUACCCAAAGGUACGUUUUCAGAACUUUUUCAGGUCAAUUUGACUCAAAAUAUACCUCAAACGGGGCGCUUAAAGUUUUUCACCCCCGCAUGGGAAAUGAUCACACAGGACCCUUGGAUCCUGCAGGUCAUCCAGGGUUACCAGAUAGAAGUUGUAACUCCUCCAGUGCAACAGUCAUUAUCCAAUGUACCAAAGCUUUCUUCGACACAAGAGACAGAGUGUUGGAGCAAGAGGUAAAAGAAUUGUUGAUGAAGCAGGCAAUUCAUCCAGUACAAUCCCCAGAGCCAGCGGCAUGA